ACGGGGAAGUGGAUUACAUAUCAUUUCCUUGGCCAACUUUGAGUAUAUAUGUUGCCUUCCAAGUUCCAACAAUUUUCUCUUCUCGAUAGAUAUAGACAGUUUGUUAAGCUUAACGCCAGUUCUUGAACCUGAUUAUAUAUAACCAUCACUUGUAAUAUGGAGACGAAGCAAGAAUCCCCUGUUUGCUUGAAGCUUUUGAUAGACGAGAAGAACAACCGAGUCCUGGCUGCAGAAGCAAACUCGGAUUUCGUGGAUAUACUCCUCAGCUUCCUCACCAUCCCCAUGGGAACCAUAAUCAGGCUCACCAGCAAAACAGAUACGGAAAAAGCAGGACCUGUGAAUAUUGGGUGCAUGACCAAGUUGUACCAUGCUUUUGAAAACCUCACCCCAGAAAACUGGAAGACGAAACAGUGCCGGACCAUGGUGUUGAACCCCAGAAAUGCGCUGGCUUAUUCCUACAGGAAUUUGAAGAUUAAUGUCGAUGAUUCUGGGUCCGAGGUGACUUACAUGUGUAGCCGUAACACGUGUAGGAGCAAGUACGAAAAUGUUGCGUGCAAGUGUGGGCUUGGCUACAGGACCAAUAACAUUCACGACAGUUUUCGCAGAAGACCAGUGUUUAUCUCUUUGGCAGAUCGCGAACCUGAGCCUGAGGGUGCCUUCCUCAAGUGGGGGAUGAUGAUGUUCAUUAUCACUGACAAUUUACAAAUCAGACCAUCUUCCCCAACCGUUCUUGCUCAGGUUCUAUCAAGUCUUGGUUCAAGCGAUAUCAACCUAAUCAAGGAGAUGCCUGUACAACUUAGUAAGCAGCAGUUGUGGUGCCGCUCACAACCGCAACAUUGCGGCCGCAUUGGGCAUUGUGUGAUCCGCCUGCUUGCAUACUCAAUGGUUUCAAAAUCUCCUUUAUCCGGCGUGUUUCUUGACUCUCCCGUAAGACCAAAUGUAGGAGCUUUUAGCGUACAUUCGAAAACCCAGAAACCAGUGACAUCCACAACAAAUGAUUUUGUCCAGAAACCAGAGGGAAAUGCUCAGAAGUUGAAUCUGAAUUUGACGUUGAACAAGUCUACAAACGAGAUAUUGUUUGCAGAAGCCACCAAGGACUUCUUUGAUUUCCUGUGUACCUUUAUGACUAGCCCUCUCGGAUCAAUGAUGUAUCUUUUGAAAGGGAAUUCUGGGUUAGGCUGCAUGGAUGACUUGUACAAAAGUAUGGUUGAGUUGGAUAUUAAAUGGUUUAAGUCGGAUGCUAUGAAGGCGACCUUAAUGUGCCCCAAAGUUGCACAGCACCAUAACUGUAAGAAACAGCCUCUAAAUUUGGAGGAAGAAUGUUCAUCGGAUAGUCUGAUUGACCCCAGGCUUAGUGAUAGCUUCUCCAAAGAACUUUUAGAGUUCAUAAUUUUAGAUGACUUGGAAGUGAGGCCUCUGUCUUCUGCAUCAAGCUUUAGCAUUCUGAAGGAACUCAAAGUCCCCAUCACUGAGAUUGAGCAGCAAGCACUCACGGUUAGCAUGGAAGAGUUGCAGGCAUUGAACCUUCUGAAGGCGGCACUUACAUCCCCAUCAGGAGCUCUGACAAAUGGCUUAGGCCGCUUCUUGCAGAUGCAUAAGGCAUAGUGCCAAUUAAUCUCGCGAAAUCCUCUAAGCUAGAUCUUGAUAUGCAAGAAACUAAGUUCAUUUCAAUGUAUCUUGUAUUCCUGUGAUCUCGAGCACUCCAGUACCUUCUAUUGUUAAUUUAUUUCUGUUUAU